AUGUCAGGCGGAAGUCGCAGGUACAUGAGUAAACGAGUUCGCGCUUGUGAUUCCUGUCGGGCCAGGAAGGCAGCUUGUCGCAUUGAUCGAGCACCACCUUGUUAUCUUUGCACACUUCACGGGAAGGAGUGCACAUUCGUGCAGCCAACUUCAAGACUACGUCAACCCGAUUCAGAGAGGGCGCACUCGCGGAUCCCUCAACAUGCCAAGAUAGCCUCACGCUCCGGAUUACCUGAGUGUUCGCCGGUUGAUGAUUCGGUUCACCAUGACAUUCUGAUGUCGAUAGAUGGUGAUGGGGUACAUAAUCCAGUUGCCGCUGUUCCUGAAGAGCUUCAGAACUUUUUUGAGGAAACGGGGGUUUCAUUGUCGGGUGGCGUGGGGGAUAUCACAUGGGCCACUGGGUUUAGUCCAGGGAGCUUCAUUCAUUCAUCCCCUGAACUGCCAGAGACUCAAUAUUUGGGGCAUAGAGUUUCCUCACCGGCUGCUUGUCAGCCAUUGCUUAUACAGGAGAAUGGCCCUUCAAUUUGCCUUGGCACCCAAGGUGUGAUGACACCACAAUUGCUCGGCAGUAGCGGCGAUAUGGACCCUUUGCUGAUGAGUCGCUAUCAAUACGACACAUCUGGGGGCUUCCAUUUCAAAAAUCUCAAUAUACAAUCUGUAUCCCCAUGGCCCAAUCCAACGCAGUUUCUAUUGUCAAAGCCAUCAAUAUUUGCUGCCAGCAGGGAGGAAAAUGGAUGCGAUAACCUUUCGACCUUUGAGUUGAGGCAGGAACUCGAAUCCUUAGUCUCGGCAGAUAUCGGUUUAAGACUCAUUCACCUGUUUGAGAGGGUCGUCGCGCCCGACUAUCCGAUGCUUGGUCCACCAGGCCAACUGAAUCCAGGGACCAGCCCGCCAUACCUCCUCGCGAGUGUAUAUCUGAUAGUUGUGCCCUUUACUAAAUUCGAUGAAAGACUUCGCAUUGAUUUCGCAUAUGAUAAGCCAUCAGGCGCGGCACUAUACGAAAUUAUCAACAAAGCGCUUCCAUAUGAGAUACAUGCACCGAAGCUAUGUAUCGUACAGACCAUGCUCCUUCUGGCCAUUCGACCCUAUCCAAAUCCAAUCGUAUUGGAUAGUGGCUUCAAAUGGUCCCAACUCGCCACACUUAUUGCUUGCGCUCACACUCUCGGUUUGCAUUUGGAUCCGAAAUCGUGGCGGAUACCUCCUUGGCAAAUCUUCCAACGACGUUGCCUGUCUUAUCUAAUUUAUUCGACAGACAAAUGGCUUGCGUUGAGUCUUGGUCGGCCACCUUUACUGCAUUAUGAUAAUUGGCUCGUGACAAGUCUUAGUAAAGACGAUUAUCCUCUCAGCAGCCUUGCGCCUUCUGCUUGGUCGAACAUUAUGAAGCGAACGGAACUUGAUACCCUGCUCGACCGUGUCCUAACCCAGUUAUACUCUCCUCGUGCCAUUAACGCCAUAUGUACCGAUUAUGAGAAGACUAUUGCGUUGACUGGUCCAUUGCUUCAAGAUCUCUUUUCAUGGUACGAACAGGUAUCUACACCAUUGAGCGAUUCCAGGUCCUCAGAACAAAGCAGACCAGUGGCACCAGAGAGAACUCUUGAGAUGAACUACCAUUAUAUUCAUUUGAGUAUUUGCAGAGCUAUUCUGAGAUCAUUCCUGCAGCCCACUGCCGGAAAAUCGAAUGAUGCAUAUUACAUCUUGGCGCGUGAGCAGGCCCGAAUCCGAGCAGAAGCCUGCAUCACGGCAGCGGCUGAGUUUAUUCAUGAAUUAAAACCCGAAGACCUAGAUACUCUAUGGCCAGCCUGGAGUGCCACCGCGUUCUCAUCCGUCUGUUUCCAAAUUCUGCAAAUGGCCAUAAGUUCCGUUGAUGGGAGGGAGGCAGAAAAAUGGGUCACUUGUCUCCAGAAAGUGCGUCGGGACAUGCGCCUGAAGGCCGAUGUUCUGCCUUGCCUUCAUCUUGGCCUUCUGCGAAUCGAUUCCCUUUUCUGGAAGGGAAUGGAUAAUGUGUUUCAUUUGGAGGAACAUGUCCGACAAGCUUUUGCGUCGUGUUCAAGCAUGAGUGGACUUCUUGACAUAACCGGCACGGUCAAGUGA